GGAAACCAAAAUACCAGCAGGGUGAUAUAAAAAUAUCCACAAACCCUAUCAAGAAGUCCGUCAUUCCCUCCUCCUCCUCGUCGCUAGCGGCUAAAGUUUAACAGCUCAAAACUAAGAUUUCAUAAUGGGUAAAGAGAAGACUCACAUCAACAUCGUGGUCAUUGGCCAUGUUGACUCUGGAAAGUCGACCACCACUGGCCACUUGAUCUACAAGCUUGGAGGUAUUGACAAGCGUGUCAUCGAGAGGUUCGAGAAGGAAGCUGCUGAGAUGAACAAGAGGUCAUUCAAGUAUGCCUGGGUGCUGGACAAGCUCAAGGCUGAGCGCGAGCGUGGAAUCACCAUUGAUAUUGCCUUGUGGAAGUUUGAGACCACCAAGUACUACUGCACUGUCAUUGAUGCCCCUGGACAUCGUGACUUUAUCAAGAACAUGAUUACUGGGACUUCCCAGGCUGACUGUGCUGUGCUUAUCAUUGAUUCCACCACUGGUGGUUUCGAAGCUGGUAUCUCGAAGGAUGGCCAGACCCGUGAGCACGCUCUUCUUGCUUUUACCCUGGGUGUGAAGCAAAUGAUCUGCUGUUGCAACAAGAUGGAUGCCACCACUCCAAAAUACUCCAAGGCAAGGUAUGAUGAAAUUGUCAAGGAAGUGUCAUCCUACUUGAAGAAGGUCGGUUACAACCCCGACAAGAUUCCCUUUGUCCCCAUCUCUGGAUUUGAGGGUGACAACAUGAUUGAGAGGUCCACCAACCUUGACUGGUACAAGGGCCCAACACUCCUGGAUGCCCUCGACCAGAUCCAGGAGCCCAAGAGGCCCUCAGACAAGCCCCUCCGUCUCCCACUUCAGGACGUGUACAAGAUUGGUGGUAUCGGAACUGUCCCAGUGGGUCGUGUUGAAACUGGUUUCAUCAAGCCCGGCAUGGUUGUCACAUUCGGUCCAACUGGACUGACUACUGAAGUCAAGUCUGUUGAGAUGCACCAUGAGGCUCUGCAAGAGGCCCUUCCUGGUGACAACGUGGGGUUCAAUGUUAAGAAUGUUGCUGUUAAGGAUCUGAAGCGUGGUUUUGUUGCCUCAAACUCCAAGGACGAUCCUGCCAGGGAAGCUGCCAACUUCACCUCCCAAGUUAUCAUCAUGAACCAUCCUGGACAGAUCGGAAAUGGUUAUGCUCCAGUCCUUGACUGCCACACCUCUCACAUUGCUGUGAAGUUUGCUGAGAUCCUCACCAAGAUUGACAGGCGGUCUGGUAAGGAACUGGAGAAGGAGCCCAAGUUCCUGAAGAACGGUGAUGCUGGUAUGAUUAAGAUGAUUCCCACCAAGCCCAUGGUGGUGGAGACUUUCUCAGAGUAUCCUCCACUUGGUCGUUUUGCUGUGAGGGACAUGCGCCAGACCGUUGCUGUGGGUGUGAUCAAGAGCGUGGAGAAGAAGGAUCCCUCUGGUGCCAAGGUGACCAAAUCUGCUGCCAAGAAGGGUGGCAAGUGAACCGAGCAGGUUGAUGCUAUUGAAAGCUAUUUUAAAAAUAAUGUCUUGCUUUUUAUUGGUUGUCUAUCCCAUGGACGUCCAUCUUUGUGUCAUGAGACUUUUAGUUUUAUGUGGUCACCAUCAUCACAAGGCUGUUCACAGAACUGGGUUCUUGAUCGGCGGUGGCGUGAUUCAAGGCUUGACGUUCUUUCUGCAGUCAGGUUCUGCUUUCAUUUGUGCUGGCUUCUCCAAAAUUUAGAUGUUGGUGAUGUUUCUAGUUUCAUGAAGAGCUCUUAUUUUAAUUUUAAUGUCUAGUUAUCGGACUCAGGGAACUUUCGGAAGACGUGUUGUGUUUAAUCUGAAAUUUCAUGUCAAAACUCGUUAUCAGUCAGUACAUCUUUUAUUUCGCGUUA